UUGCAGCCCUGCAAUUUACUAAGCCCUGAUUCGUGUGUUUUGUUUUUGAUGCGUUGCGAAGUGAUUAAUUUUUCGUUUUUUCGAGUAGUUGCUUAAAAGGAUUCUCAAAGGAUCCCACAAUUUGACACACGUGACGUGAUUUAGAAGGCUUCAUGAUGAAUUACGGCAGGAAAACGCCCUCCACAUAUCGCUCCAAUCCGUCGGUUUAUUCCCAUGCCACGGGAAGAUCCUCGACAAAUUUGCACUCGAAAAUGUCCCGAUCCACGCGAUCCGUAAGGAUUCCCUGGUACCAGAGACCGCUGCUCAAAAACAACCAAUAUAUCGACAUACAAAAGGGUGCCAUGCUCAUCGGAUUGUUUGCCAUUUUCCUAUCGCUGUUUACUAUUGCCACCAGCAUCUUUGACAUCUACUGCUAUGCGAUGGCCGCACCAGGAUCCACACAUUAUGGCUACUAUAUCAUAUCCUACGAGUUCGUCUAUGUGGGCAACAAGCAUGUUCGCAACAUGCUGAUUGUCUUUGCAUUGUUCUCGUUAGUAAUGGCGCUGAUAAACUUUGUGACCAGCGUUCUUCUCUGCGUGGCCUUGCGCAAGGAAUAUGAAAGAAAGGUUAUGCCUUGGCUGUGGACCUUUGCCGUUUUCACUGUUUGGCGGGCUUUGGCGCUGAUUUUCUUUGCCAUCGUCAACGAUCUGUACUUUGCCUAUAACGUGAUUAUGGUGCUGCUGUGGAGCGUUUUCUGUCUCUUAUCCAUUUAUGGAUGGGCCGUGGUGUACUCUCUGUUCCUGGAACUGGUGGAUCUGACCAAACUAGAGGAUCUAGCCCAUUUACGCAUGGGCACAAUGGCCUCGCUGCACGCCUCCACCGCCAAUUCGCUGGCUGGAUCACGGCCAACCACGCCUCAUAGCACCGUAUCCACCAUGCCAGUGGGCUAAACGAAGUAUUUUCCGUCCAUCUAAGGAGCUCACAACGAAAUUGCACAAUCUAGACCGUCCGAAAAAGUAGCACAAGAUAACCCCGACGCUUCGUACUCAAAACAUUUCUUAAACUAUAUGUUGUACAUUCCAUCCAACAGUUCAGUGCCUUAGUGAUGCGCCUCUCAAUCACCACAAAUUUUAUACAAAAUCGGCGUAAUUAGAUUUAAGAAGUAUUCCGUCCAUAUCGUAUAUGUUUUUCUCUGUAUACUGUUGAAGAAUCUCUGCCUUUAUGUAUGUCAAAAUAUUGUGUUUUUUAUAUGCAUAUAUACAUAGAUGUACAACCCGAAUUGUAGCUAUGUAUCUAAAAUAAUAAGCAACCAGCAAUAUAUAAAAUACAAAACCGAAAAUAUGAGUCUAA